AUGAAUACAAACGACGACUCGCAAGAAGAGUUGAUUAUUCUUGUCAGUGCUAUAUUUAGUAUGAUUUCAUGUAUAAUGUCUAUUUUGGCAACAACAACAUCCGGAUGGCAAAUUGAUAGUUAUCAUAAUAGAACAGGUUUAUUUCAAACAUGUUAUAAAGAUAGUUGUACAAGUGUAAGAGAAAAACAUAAUAUAUCAAUAGUAUUUGCUAUUAUUGGUCAAUGUCUUAUUAUGUUUGGUAUUAUUAGUUCAUUUAUAAAUGUAUUUAUUUAUCGACGUCGAUUGGGUUUAAUUAUUGUUACAAUUUUCUUUUUUCUUGCUUCUUUAUUUUUAUGGAUAACAGUUUUAACAAUAAGUUUUUAUUUGUUUAUGAAUGGUGGUAGUGCUAUUAUUUUCAAUGCAGCUAUAGCUUUUUCAUUACUUGCUACAUUUACAGCAUCGUAUGCAUUAGGUGUAUCUUUUGCGUUACGUAAUAAUCAUAUUCAAUCUAGAAUACCUAUUGUACCUAUAAAAUACAAUCAAAUAAUGAUGCCAUUUGAAUUAUAUCCACAUGUGUCAACAUCAUCAUAG